AUGGGUUCACCAAAUUGGGUGUUGGUAUUAUUUCAGUUUUAUAUUCUUACACAUCUUUCUGGUCUCACCGUUACCCAUGGAGACCAUCAGUGCGGAAACCGAGGAACCUAUACGCAGAACAGUGCAUAUGAAAAGAACCUCAAUCAUACCUUAUAUACUCUUACUGACGUAUCUAAGGGAGAUGGUUUCUUUUACACAUCUUCAAAAUCUUCACCAGACGAUGUUACCAGCACAGCUUAUGCCCUUGGAGUAUGCCCCGGAGAAUUUCUAAAUGAAUCAUGUCUUGGAUGUUUGAUGUCUGCAACCCAACGGCUCAAAGAGGAUUGUCCUAAACAGAAGAAAGCGACAGGUUGGUAUUACCGUACCUGUAUUCUCAGCUACUCUAAUAGUAGCUUUGACAUCGAUAAUGGUGAAGAUAAAGACAUUCUAUUCUUUCCGACAACAAGUUUUGUCACCAACUGGGAUAUUAAUUCAGUGCUUGAGACACUGACGAACUUGUUGAAACAGUUGCGGAGGAAAGCUGUGUCUGAAGGUUACAAUAAAACAUUUUACUCUACUAGUACAGUUUUACCUAGUUCUAGGGGCAAUUAUAUUGAUGCGACUAGUCAAUGCAUUAAAGCCAAUAGAUCUCUGAAUUGUAAUGAAUGCUUGGUUCUUGCUACUGAUUCUCUAGAAACAAAAUAUAAUGGUGAGGCCGAAGGAUUACUUUACUACGGAUACUCAUGUUUACUACGAUACACAAUAUCUGUUGUCGACUUUGGGGAUCCUUCAACCCCAUUGUCACCGACAAAUCUUCCAACCCCAUCGCCACCCACAAAUCGUUCAACAAUACCUCCAGAUUUUGAAGGGAAAGAAAAAUCAAAGGUCAUCGUUCCAGCAAUAUCAGCGGCAGCAGUAACAUUGGCCAUCUCGACCUUCUUUCUAUUGAUAAAGGUUUGCAGGAUCUGCACUAAAAACGGGGAAGAGGAAGAGUUGUUUGAAGCAUCAGACGAUGACACAGGGGAAAUUAUUUACUUUAGACUAAACACAAUGCAUGCAGCUACUAGCAAUUUCUCGGUUACAAAUAAGCUUGGAGAAGGUGGUUUUGGUCCAGUUUAUUGGGGAGAGCUCUCUGAUGGUAAAAAGAUAGCAGUGAAAAGACUUUCCCAAAACUCAAGUCAAGGAAUGCAAGAGUUCAAAACAGAAGUAAAACUAAUCAUAAAACUGCAGCAUAAGAAUUUGGUGAGGCUUUUGGGUUGCUGUAUGAAAGGGAAGGAAAGGCUCCUUGUCUAUGAAUACAUGUCGAACAGUAGUCUCGAUAAGUACCUUUUUGAAGAUCCUAAAAGAGGAAAGGAACUGGACUGGGCUAAGCGUGUUAAUAUAGUAAGUGGAAUAGCAAAAGGUCUUCGGUAUCUUCAUGAGGACUCUCGCCUCAAGAUCAUACAUAGAGACCUCAAAGCUAGCAAUGUUCUAUUAGAUGAUGAGAUGAACCCAAAAAUAUCUGAUUUUGGCACCGCAAGAAUUUUUGGAUCGAAUCAAGUGGAAGCAAAUACAGACAGAGUUAUUGGAACCUAUGGAUAUAUGGCACCAGAGUAUGCAAUGGAGGGUAUGUUCUCAAUCAAAUCCGACGUGUAUAGUUUUGGUGUUCUUUUGCUUGAAAUAAUUUCUGGUAAAAGGAACAGCAGGUUGUUCCACGAAGAGCGUCAUCAAAACCUUCUAAGCUAUGCAUGGAUGUUAUGGGAUGGAGGGAAAGGAGAGCAACUGAUAGAUGAAAAUCUGAAUGAUGAUUGUCCUGUCGACGAGGCUCUCAAAUUGUUGCGCGUUGCUCUACUAUGCAUUGAAGAAGACCCAAACGAUCGUCCCACCAUGUCCUCAAUUGUUUCUAUGCUUGAAGCAUACUUGAAGACACUGAUCAUCGUGGUGCAUAGUGAAUACACAAUAAUGUUAAAGAAACAACAACAAUUAGGUAGUUAUUAUUAA